GUUGGGUGGAGAGCUGCACAAGGUGGUCUACUAUAGCCAGUCAAAGGAAGCGACUGUCGUUAGGCCUAGUGUUAAGCCUAAGCCGGCAGUCGAACGUUCGUUCUGGAUAUUCACAGCUCGUCUGAGGUGAUACCGAAAGAAUUGCUGGCUGUUUAUGUAUAUUUGAGAGUUAAACGAGCGGUUCGAGAUGCAUCCCCUUUACGGAGAUCAUCAAAACUACUACAGAUACACGGGAUAUUCGGCGGUCGGCAUGAAUAGUACGAAUAACGUAUUACCUGCGUAUAGUCAGGCUUACAACCAGUAUGGCCACAACAACCGAAUUGUCAGACCGUCGCCCUGCGGACCACCUUACAACGCUCUACCAGCUCAGGGAUCUCAACCUCCUGCUAAAGACAUGGUAAAGCCACCUUAUAGUUAUAUAGCACUUAUCGCUAUGGCUAUACAGAAUGCUCCGGAUAAGAAAAUCACCUUAAAUGGCAUUUAUCAGUUUAUUAUGGAUAGAUUUCCAUUCUAUCGUGAAAAUAAGCAAGGUUGGCAGAAUUCGAUACGUCACAAUCUCAGCCUAAACGAGUGUUUUGUGAAGGUGCCAAGGGACGAUAAAAAGCCAGGUAAAGGUAGUUAUUGGGCUCUGGAUCCCGAUAGUCUUAAUAUGUUCGACAAUGGAAGCUAUUUACGUAGGAGGAGGAGAUUUAAGAAAAAGGAUACUAAUCGAGAUAAGGAAGACGAAAACAAGAAGAAAGAAGGAUCGGAUAACGUCAAAUCUUGCCAAAGAAAGGAAAAGGUUUAUGUUAAAACAAAUGGAACCUCCCAUACACCUUGCAGCGUGGUUACAAAACUAGAACCCAGUGAUCCUCCUACUUUAGCACCUUGCAUGCAAGUGUCGACUACUGACUGCAAAUACGAAUGCAAGACAAGUCCGGCGGCCGCUUCGUUAGCACCCAACCUUCUCUCGACUACUACAACUAAUUCAAUACUCUCCACACCUAUAAAUGAUACUAAUUUAGAACCGGCAACCAUUACUAAUUUCACAGUAGAUACGUUAGUGUCUACUAGACCGGACUCGCCCGCUUUGGGUGUCAUCAACGACAGUGUAUGUGGAAGCUCUUACGUACGACCGGGCAAUGGUAUGUAUACCUGUAACCUACCUGCUUGUUCUAGUCCUUUAUCUUCCUGUUCUUCAUCGCCACUCGAUAUUAACUGUUUAUACGGUGGAGAGAGACAGACGGACAACCAAACAUGUCUUGCUAAUGCCGUUUUGGGUCAACAGUAUAACAAUAGACAAUCCUGGUACGCUCUUCCCCAGGAAAGUAACGGAAACCUGAACACAGAUAACGUUUUUCCGUGCAUCAGAGAAAUGUUCGAGUCUCAACGUUUGAUCUCACCUUCCUCUGCAGUAACAGUCACUUCCAGUUGUCAGAUGGGAAGCGAUACUUAUAGGGCACAAACUUCAUACUAUGCUUACGAUUCAAAUAGAUAUUAAAGCUUCAUUCCCCUAGAGACGUCUCUUGGGCUCCUUCGAUGGCCAUUUUUGUUUAAUUUAAUUCAUUAACAAUGCCUUAUUUUGCCUUUGAUUCCAAUUUGUUCCUGUAGCUGAACAAAAUAAACUGAAUUUGAGGAAACAGUUCUUCGAUGUUUCUUGUGAAAAGAAUAAUCAUCUAAGUUGAUGUAUCGUGUAAUAAUUAUACAUAAAAAAAAUAAGGAUAGACAUGUAUGGACAAUCAAGAUGAUGGAUGUGAGAGAGACGAUCUUAAAUUUAUUAUUGUUAUAAAGACAUCUGGAGAAUUAGACGACGUUUGGACAUAUUGUAGACUUUCCAAGAAAAUUUUUGCCAUUCCAAUUAUUUUUCAAAAAAAUUAGCUUCAAAAUGCCGUAAAUUUUGUGUCUUUGUGCCAGUGACGUGUUAACUACUACCACAUCAUUAAUGUAAAUGUUCUGUGUAGUAUCAUUAUUGGAAAUAAAAAAUAUCAUAUAUUUCAA